AUGGAAUUAUUGUUAAAGAAAUAUGAAGUUGUACACAAAGUUUCCAUUGCUUAUCACCCACAGACAAAUGGGCAAGCUGAACUCUCUAAUAGAAAAAUCAAGAAAAUACUUGACAGAGUAGUGCAGCCCCAUAGAAAAGACUGGAGCCGCAGGCUUGAUGAUGCCUUGUGGGCACAUAGAACUGCGUUUGAGACACCCUUGGGAAUGUCACCAUAUAGGGUAGUCUAUGGAAAAGUCUGCCACUUACCAGUUGAGGUGGAACAGAAAGCCUACUGGGCAGUAAAGACUUGCAACAUCCAUUAUGACUCAACUGGAGAACAAAGCAAAUUACAACUGCAAGAGUUGGAAGAGCUAUGUCUUGAGGCAUAUGAGAACUCUAGAAUUUACAAGGAAAAGACUAAACAAUACCAUGACAAGAAGAUUUCAAGCAAAGAGUUCUACAUUGGUCAAAAGGUCCUCUUGUUCAAUUCUCGCCUCAAACUCAUGUCCAGAAAGCUCAAAUCAAGGUGGCUUGGACCCUUCACUGUUACAAAGGUAUUUUCCUAUGGUGCAGCGGAAAUCAUAAAUGACUCCACUAGUAAAAGCUUUAUGGUGAAUGGACACCGGUUGAAGCCAUUCUUGCAAAAUUUAGUUACCUUGGAGGAAGUUGAGGAGAUUGAACUACACUCACCAUGCACAAAUCUCUCCUACAACCUAUGGCCUAAGUAA